AUGAGUGACACUGUGAAAUACGUGAUAACUAAUGAGAAUUGGGAUGAUAAUUUUGAUGAGGUAUGAUGCAAUCAUAUUUAAUUUAAUUUAUUAGCUUUGCAUUGUUAUGGUACAAUUAAAGGCAGGGAGCCCGCAACAGCGCGAGCCAAUUACUGCGGCCUCGUUAGACUAACAUUAAAAAUUACAUCCAAAUACAAUAACGUUAACAACAUACAGUAAGCAAAUGGAAAAUAACAGCAAUACAACCUCUACAUGCAGCAUGAGAUCGGAAUGAGGAGACUACGAACAGAGUUACACUUUGGACAAAUGGUUUUAUACGAACGAGGAUCGUCAACAUUAUAACAAGUAAUUUUUAAUGAUCCACUGUAAUAAUUAAAAAUGACUAUUUUAAAUGUGGAAAAGCCACAUGUGUCCAGUCUUUCUCAUCAGCGAGAAGAUGCCAGAUACGAGUUGAUCGAAUAAAGAAGGAUUUAUUUAUUUAUUUAUUUAUUUAUAUAACUUCGCCAUUUAUAUAUACCAUACAGUACAAUACAAAAAAACAAAACGAUACAAUCUAACACAAGACAGUACAGUAUAUAUAUAGUUCAGUACAGUACAAUACAUACAGUCAGAUGGCUGGGACACCACAACAGUUAAAACCAAUUACUGUGGGCCCUUUUAAUAUAUAAUAACUAGAAACAACAAUUUAUAACAUUGUUCAAACUACGACAAGAGUUACAGUUUAAACACACAGAUUUCCACGUUUUUGGACCUCUGCAUCAUAACAACUAUGCAGGGCUUCCAAAUAAUAGUUCCGUAGCAAUCUUUUAAAUGUACUUAACAACAUAUUUGGCUGUCUUAAGUUCGUUGGAAGACAGUUCCAAACUCUUGUGGCUCGGGUGAAAUAUGAUUUUUGGAAGGUGGUAGUUCUGCAUUUUUGGGGGCGGAACAACAACUCAGUGGUACUGGAUGAUCGGGUAACUCGGGUGGGAAUAAUAGGUUGAGGGAGAACAUCUUUAGAUACGUCGAUCAGACCGUUUACAGCUUGAAAGAAAAACACAAGAUCCAUAUACUCGUGCCAGUAUGAUAGUGGUAUCUGUUCCAAACUGAUCAGCCUGUCGCGGUAGGACUCGUCGCACAAGUAGGGAAGGUUCAGGAUGAAUUUUGACGCUCUUCUCUGUACACGUUCUAUUCGUCUAAUUAGACCUAUAGUCUGGGGAGACCAUACUUGACUUGCGUAGGCAAAAACCGGGCGGACAACUGAGAGAUACAGUUUCCGGCGGGUCCGUGAGUUGGAUAUUUCUCCAGCGCUUUUCCUCACGAAACCAAGCAGUUUGUUGGCUUUCGCACAACGUUCUAAGACAUGCUUGGUCCAUGUGAGAUCACUGGCAACCCAAAUUCCUAAGUCCUUCUCAACCGACGUUGUUGUGAGUUCCUUAUCCUUGAUCUUAUAUGGAUAAGUAGUAGGCUGGAUUUUCCUAGUCACGCGCAGACACUUGCAUUUGAGCUGGUUGAAGACGAGACCACUGGAUGCAUGUAGACCAAUUUUCUAAGUUACUUAGAUCGCUUUGGAGGAAUGCAGCAUCGGAGAUAGAGUCGACGCAACGGAAGAUCUUGGUGUCGUCAGCGAAGCAAGCCACUCUUGAGUUCUCAACAGCAUCAGGAAGAUCAUUAACGUAGAGGAGGAAUAGAAUUGGCCCUAAAAUACUGCCUUGAGGCACUCCCGAAGAAACUGUUUUUUUAGAAGACGUUGCACCGAGAGUAGUUACAUGUUGUUGGCGGCCAUGUAGAUAGUGUGAAAACCAAUUAAGCAGAGACCCUCUAAUACUGUAGUUUGCAAGUUUGUUAACAAGAGCAGUAUGACUGACCUUGUCGAACGCUUUUGACAUGUCCAUGAAGAUAACGUCAGUUUGUUUCCCGGAGUCUAACAGAGAACCGAUGUAGUUCAGCACUUCGACAAGCUGGGUGGUACAUGAUCUGCCUGGGGUGAAGCCAUGUUGUGACGAGUGUAGUAGUUGUAACAGGUGAUCGCGCAGCUUGUUCAACACGCAACGCUCGAAGACUUUCGAUACAACGCAGAGGAGCGAUAUGGGACGAUAGUUCUCAACGAAGGAUUUGUCACCUUUCUUGAAAACUGGUAUGAUGUUAGCCAGGAUCUUUGAUGAAUGCAUGUCUUACAUUUUGGAAUAAUAAAUUUGGUGGUAGUACUGGUUGAAGAUCUAGUUUGUGUGGAGGUACGGAUGGUUGGAAGGAGAGAAGCAUUUACGUUUACUAUAGUCCAUGAAUUAUCUUGUAAAAGGGAACCAUGUCCAGGUAUUCUUGCCAGUAACAAACGAGUAUAGGAGCAAUAGGGACUGGAGCCUGGUAGUAUAGUCCAUAGUGCAGGAAAACGGUAACUCGAGGAUGAAUUUAGUUGCUCUUCUCUGCGUCCGCUCGAUCUUCCUUAUCAGUUCAGCUGACUGUGGAGCCCAUAUUUGUGUUGCAUAACCUAUGUGUGGUCGUACAAGGGCCAGAUAAAGCGCGCGUCGCACCGCUGUGUUGUGGAUAUAUAAGGUAGAUCUUCGGAUGUAUCCUAGUACAGGCCUCGAAUUUCCCUGAAAUCAAUCGACGGCAAUGGCGUUAAAAAUUGCCGUAGAACGUAACAGCUGUCUAUGGCAAUUACUGUAAUAAAACUUUAAUUUUAUUGUUACUUUGGAUUUUUGACAAGCUAGAAACAUGUCUACGUAUUUCACUUUAGUGUUUUUUUUCGAAGAAAAUUGAGAAUAAGAAAGUGAUUUACACAUGAUUUGAUCAACAUCUGAAUUCAAGUAUCAAAGUAGUAAUGCACAGUGAAUAGUAUAAAAAUUGCACUAUACGGCAAAAAAAUUGCCGUCGUUGCCGCAAUGGUCCACGGCAUUUUGUUAUCCCUCUACGGCAAUUGCCGCGAUAAAAUUCGAGCCCUGUCCUAGUAGUUAGUUUGCUUUCAUCGAUUGUUCGUUAACUUGUUUAUUCCACGUAAGUCUGUUCUCUACCCACGAGAAAAGCCUUGGACAUAUAAAGGUAAACAGCGUCAAUCUGACCUCCAGCGUCCAAUUCCGAGCCAAUGUAGUGAAGUACAUCCAGAAGGUUAGUUACGCAUGAUGUACCUGAAAUGAAUCCACGCUGUAGUUUCCGUACUAGAUGGAACAGGUGGUGUUUAAUGUUACAGAAAACACGACGUUCCAAGACUUUUGAGACGAUCGGAAGUAUCGAGAUUGGUGUAUAGUUUUCCGUAUAUUCUCUGUAGCCUUUCUUAUGCACUGGAACGAUGUUUGCUCAUUUCCACUCCUCCGGUAGAACAUCUUGAUCCGACAAUUUAUUGAAUAGUGUGCACAGAGACGGAGAGAUGACGAGAGCUGUCUUUGAGCAGGGAUGUUAUCGGCUCCCGUGGCUUUUGUGGUAUCAAGGUUUUCAAGCACUGCUUGCAUUUCCUCGACCGUUAAAUUAAGGUCUGACGUUACGGGAUCAACUUGCUCGCAGUCGGUGUCCUCGCGUUGGCACACUUGUCAGAGGUAUAUACUGAUGUAAAAUAGUUGUUGAACAUGUUAGCAAUAUCCACAGGGUUCUCAGCACUGAUUCUCGAUGAGUGCACUUCUUGGUCGAUGUUUGUCGCAGCUGAUGAGAUAGUGUUUGCAAUGUUGCGCGAUUUCGAUUUUUGCUUCAGUAUGGACCAAAACCAUUUUGGAUUGCAUUUGAAGUCAUUUCCCAAGGAAGCGAAGAAAUUUUCCUGACUUUUCACUAGCACAUGUUUUACUGUUGCACGUAAUAGUUUGGAUUUUAAUUCAUGCUUGUAACAUGUUCAUUUUAAUUACACGUAAUUUUUUUGUAACAUAUUCUGUCAAUUGGUCUGAAACUGAAUUAGCUUGAAUGUGUUUUCCUGAUAAAACUCACACUUUUUGGUUAAAGUAAAGGGAUAGUUUAUCACAAAAGUGUAAUAAAGUGCAACUUUAUUAAUUCAUCAGGGGGGGGGGCGAAAAAACUUGUCCGAAGUCAGUCAUUGCUUUUUUAUUUAUAUUGUAGACACAAGAGACUUCACUGGAGGGGCCAAAAUAGUUUACAGAGGGGACCAACACGGAAUUGGGGGGGGGGGGCUUUCCUCCAGCUUAUAUGUUAAAAAGGUCCCUGAGAAAGUUUACACUUUAGCUAUAACAGUUAAUAUAUGCUACAAAGUUCAAUGAAAGAUUAAAGUUUUCUUUGCUUACAUCUAGGCUCUGGUCGACAACAGUUCACUAACAUUUGUGAGACCCAAGUGGAUACAUACAUGUCACGACAAACGUUCAUUUGUUCCGUUUCAACCUUACAUUAUUGUUCCACGCUAG